AUGAUCCAUGGGCCUUGCGAAACACAGACAGGAGACGACGGGUAUCCAAAGUAUAGGCGAAGAGCUCCAAAAAAUGGUGGUUUUACAGUUGAAAUAAAUGGUAAGACACUUGAUAAUCGUUGGGUAGUACCGUAUAACCCAGUGUUUUCACGUACAUUUGGUGCUCAUAUUAAUGUAGAGAUCUGUAACUCUGUAAAAUCUAUAAAAUACAUUUGUAAAUAUAUUACAAAAGGAAGUGAUCAAGCAGCAUUUGGUUUUGAAAAUGAUAAUGAUGAAGUCAAGCUUUAUGAAAGUGGUCGAUAUAUCAGCAGCUCUUAG